UGUUAAGCUGAACAUGGGCAUCAUGAUGAACAAAGGGCAAGUCUUCUUGUUUGGAAUCCUGCUCAGUGCCGUGGUACUUACAGAAUCAUCAAGAGGGAUAAAAGAGCCAAGACCACUGAAACCUGGGACAUGUCCCCCACAGAGGCAUAAACCAGCGAUAUUUCCAUUCAGAUGUGUCUCUACUUGCAAAAAUGAUGAUACAUGUACAGGGGACAAGAAGUGCUGUUUCGAUAACUGCCAAAAGAUUUGCAAGCCGCCUGCGCAGGAAAGACCAGGUGAAUGUCCUAUAGAAACUAGAUCAAACGCAACCGACUGUUAUGACUUCUGCACCGAUGACAAUGAAUGCUCGGGUGGAGGGAAGUGCUGUCCGAGUAGUUGUGGGCGGAGUUGCACAUCCACUGUACAAGUGAAGAAAGGUUUCUGUCAACAGGAACAACUCCUAAAAUGCAGCGUAAUGGAGGCAGAUUAUUGCGGUUCUGAUAAAAAUUGUUACAGAGGUGAAAAAUGUUGUCCAAAGCUAUGCCGCAAGGAGUGUCAGCCGGCGCUGAAAGAGAGAGCAGGUACAUGUCCUGUAUCCCCACCAACCUGCUCCAAUGAUGCAAAGAAAGUUUGCCAAACUGACUACGACUGCGCCAUGUUUUAUAAGUGUUGCCAAACCAAUUGUGGAUUUCAAUGCCUGAAAGCAGUAAAUGUGCCAUCCUUCCUUGUAUAUGGAACAGCGAUACCAGUCUUUAACCUCCAGCCUGGACCUAGCCGGACAUAAGAAAUGUUGUUUCAGCCUUGCACGUGUGUGUAAUGUUUAAAUAACCUAUGUAUAUUUGCCCACAUGCAACAAAUACAUAUGACAACUACAGAAAGUGCAUAUUUAUGUGUAUAUACCUGAAUUUUGGCUUUAUUUUGUAAUGUGAUGGGGUUGGAGCUCUAAUGCCUGGGUUUGUAAAAUAUUUAUUUGUAACCUCAACAAAAGUAAAAUAAAGUUAAAGUUAAAUUGUA